AUGUCGAGAGCACAGUUUGAUCUCGUCAUGUGCUUGAAACAGCCAGGAACAACCAUAGGAAAGGUGUGUGAGAGAUGUGACGGAAGAUGUCCUGGAUGCGAUUCAUUGGUCAACUCCAAAAAGAUGGCGCGGAUCUGUGACGACUGUUCGUUUGGUAAUUUUGCAGACCGGUGUAUUAUCUGUGGGGGCAAAGGGUUCACAGAAGCCUACUACUGUUCUGAGUGCGUGAGGACUGAGAAGGAUCGGGAUGGGUGUCCCAAGGUGACGAGUCUGGGAUCUUCCAGAGUGGACAUGUUCUACGAGAAAAAGAAGAAGGGGCAGUAA